CACAUGACUCCUCCUGUCUGAGCUAGGAAAAGCCCGACUCAACAGCUGACAGGGAGGAGAGGCAGAAAGCGCACGGGUCCAAGAUGCUGGCACUAAUAAACCGGCUUCUAGACUGGUUCAAGUCUCUGUUUUGGAAGGAGGAGAUGGAGCUCACGCUGGUCGGCCUCCAGUACUCCGGAAAAACGACAUUUGUCAACGUGAUCGCUUCGGGUCAUUUUAGUGAAGACAUGAUCCCUACAGUUGGAUUCAAUAUGAGGAAGGUUGCCAAAGGAAAUGUCACCAUCAAGAUCUGGGAUAUUGGAGGUCAGCCACGCUUCCGAAGCAUGUGGGAGCGCUACUGUCGGGGGGUUAACGCCAUCGUAUACAUGGUCGACGCUGCAGAUCGAGACAAGGUGGAGGCGUCUAGAAAUGAGCUUCAUAAUUUAUUAGACAAACCCCAGUUGCAAGGGAUUCCUGUUUUGGUGCUGGGAAACAAAAGAGACCUGCCCACUGCUUUAGAUGAAAAGCAGCUUAUUGAGAAAAUGAAUCUGGCAGCUAUUCAGGACAGGGAGAUAUGCUGCUACUCCAUUUCUUGCAAAGAAAAGGACAACAUCGAUAUCACUCUUCAAUGGCUAAUUCAGCACUCAAAGACGCGGAGGAGCUGAAAACGAAGUGGUGCACCUCUUUGCCACAUCAGAUGUGUGUUUAACUCACACUACGCACUCUUCAGCUUUUUAGUUGACACCCACAAACUCUGAGAACGACCAAAAUGUCAUUCUGAGAUGUCAUUGUAAAGUUGUACUAUUUUUUUAACGAUAUGUACUUGUGGCUUGGGAUGCUAAGUUGGGCUAAAUGCUAAUGCAUUCUUUUGACUGUUUUGUUCGAAUUAUGUAUGCUGUUUUAGUCUGGAAUUAUGUAGCUAAGCAGGUGUGUACAAACACCAAGCUUGUAUCAUUCUUUUUUGACGACAAUGUGCGUGUGAAUAUGUGAUUUUAUUUAAGGUCUGAAUGAUCAGAGAGGACGGCUGCAGGGUUAUUUUGGAAGUCGCCUCUGUGCUGUGAGGGGCAGAAUUUCAAGUGCCUUGUGCGACGGCUCUCCUCUCUCAAGCAAAGUGCUAGGUGUGCCUGUCUGUUAUGGGAAAAUAUGCCAAUCACUACUCUUGAUUCAAAUAAAGGCUUGCUUUUUAAUA